AUGGGAGUCGACAUCCUCCAUUACAAGGCCUGGAAUUUCCGGUGCAAGGAGCCUAAGAGCCAGGACAUCUACCUGCAGCUGUUGGUGAAGCUCUGCCGGUUCCUGGCCCAUAGAACCAACUCGACUUUCAACAGGGUUAUGCUGAAAAGGCUGUUCAUGAGCUACAUCAACUGGUUCCCCCUGUCCCUCUCCCGAAUGAUCAGGAAGAUGAAGCUGCCGGGCAGGGAAAACAGGACAGCUUUGGUUGUUGGGACUGUGACCGAUGAUGCGGGGAUCCAGGAUGUCCACAAGCUGAAGUUGUGUGCUCCUAGUGUUACUAGCAAUGCCUGGAAUCGCAUCCUCAAGGCUGGUGGGAAGAUCCUUACCUUUGACCAGUUGGCCAUGAGCUCACCCAAGGGCAAGGGCACUGUUCUGCUGUCUGGUCCCCGGAAGGGACGCGAGGUAUACAGGCAUUUUGGGAAAGCACCCGGCACACUCCACAGCCACGCCAAACCAUAG